CGCGCCGCGGCCCCGCUACCGCUUAGGGCACAGCUGCAGCCAAGACCCCUCACCCGGAGCCCGUUACACUGGUGCACGAAGCUCCGGGAUCUGUCGCGUCGUGCUCCAUCACACGGACCCCCGGAUUCCACUGCACUGAGGUCCAUUGUAUGGUACUCGUCUUGCGCUGAACGGAUCCCCGGACCCUAUCCUACCGAGGUCCGCUGCACUGUGCCCGGUUCCUGUUGCACAGACCCUCGGACCCCACCGCGGCGGAUAUUCCACUGCGCGGACCUCCGGACCCUAUCGCGCCGAGCCCCGCUACACGCUGCCUGGCCCCUUCGCUGCACCGGAUCCCCCACUCCCCAUUGUGCAGACCCCCAGGCCCCAUCGCAGGGACCGCCGGUACAGCGGCAAUGGCAUCCGGGAGCCGGCCCUUGGGGGCCCUGCUGCGGCUGCUGCCGCUGGUACUGCUGCCGGCGGCAUGCCGGGCGGGCGGUGUGUGCGGGGGGGACGGCGGGCCGCUGGAGCCCUUCGACGCUCUGUACGCCAGCGGCGUGGAGGCGUACUACGGCGGGGACUUCGCGGGCGCGGCGCGGUGCCUGGAGCGGGCGCUGCGCAGCCGGCGAGAGCUGCGGGCUGCCCGGUUGCAGUGCCGCCGGCGCUGCCGCGGGCAGGUGCGGUUGGCGGAGCCGGGCCCGGGCGCCGGCGGUGACCUGCCCUUCUUCGGCUCGGUACUGCGGCGGGCCGGCUGCGUGCGGAACUGCGAGGAACCACUCCUGGGAGCCGUCUCCCGCCACCGCACCGCCGAGGAGGUGCGCGCCGACUUCCAGCGCAGGGUGCCCUACAGCUACCUGCAGCGAGCAUACAUCCAGCUGAACAAGCUGGAGGAGGCAGCAAAUGCAGCUCACACCUUCUUCAUGGCAAACCCUGAGCACAUGGAAAUACAACAGGACAUUGAGAAUUACAAGACCACAGCAGGGAAGGUCAGCUUGAUUGACUGGGAAGCCAAGCAGCACAUGGAGGACUACAGUGCUGGAGUAAGGCACUAUGAUAAGGAGGAGUAUGAGCUGGCCAUUGACUUAUUGGAGCGUGCGUUGAAAGGAUACUACGCUGAGGAUGCAGACUGCCAGAUCAUGUGUGAGGGACCACAGAGGUUUGAGGAGCAUGAGUACUUGGAAUAUAAGGCUGGCCUCUAUGAAGCUAUUGCAGAUCACUACAUGCAAGUCCUGGCCUGCAAACACGACUGUGUCCGAGAGCUUGCCACGCGGUCAGGCCGUAUCUCACCCAUUGAAAAUUUCCUUCCCCUCCAUUACGACUACUUGCAGUUUGCCUAUUACAGAGUUGGUGACUACAUAAAAGCCCUGGAGUGUGCCAAGUCCUACCUCCUCUUCCACCCGGAUGAUGAAGAUGUCUUGGAGAAUGCAGGUUAUUACGAGGGCCUCUUGGAAGGCACAGUGGAUCUGGACACCAUCAAACCCAGAAAGGAAGCCAAGGUGCUGCUGAGGCGCCAUAAGCUGGAGUCUCAUCUCUUGCGGGUGGCUGCGGCCGGCCUCGGAUACACCUACACAGAGCCGAACUACUGGAACAGGUACGGCGCCCGCCAGGAUGAGCACAGUGUCCCAUCAAGUGUUAGCAGUGAGCCAGAGGAUGGACCCCGGCUGUCCCUGGUAAAGAAACCCAUGCCAAAGCCAGACCGAGAGCUGAAGGAGGGGGGUCCUCUUCUCUACAGCAAUGUGAAGUUUGUUUACAACUCACAGCAGCUGAACGGCACCCAGCGAGUGCUGCUGGACAAUGUCAUCUCCGAGGAGCAGUGCAGAGAGCUUCACAGGGUGGCCAGUGGGAUCAUGUUGGCUGGAGAUGGUUACAGGGGUAAAACCUCCCCUCACACCCCAAACGAGAGAUUUGAAGGAGCCACGGUCCUCAAAGCCCUCAAGUACGGCUACGAGGGCCGCGUGCCGCUGAGCAGCGCCCGGCUCUUCUACGACAUCAGCGAGAAGGCGCGCAGGAUCGUCCAGUCCUACUUCAUGCUCAACUCCACGCUCUACUUCUCCUACACCCACCUGGUGUGCCGCACUGCCCUCUCCGGCCAGCAGGAGAGGAGAAAUGACCUGAGCCACCCCAUCCAUGCUGACAACUGCCUCUUGGACCCUGAGGCAAAUGAGUGCUGGAAGGAGCCUCCUGCCUACACCUUCCGGGAUUACAGUGCCCUCCUGUACAUGAAUGCAGAUUUUGAAGGCGGCGAGUUCAUUUUCACCGAGAUGGAUGCCAAAACUGUGACGGCCUCCAUCAAGCCCAAGUGUGGGCGGAUGGUCAGCUUCUCAUCGGGCGGCGAGAACCCCCAUGGGGUGAAGGCAGUCACCAAAGGCCAACGAUGUGCUGUGGCGCUCUGGUUCACUUUGGACCCCCUUUACAGAGAGCUGGAGCGAAUCCAGGCAGAUGAAGUGAUUGCCAUGUUGGACCAGGAGCAUCUAGGACCCAGUGAAAUGAACAUCAACCCAAAGGAUGAGCUAUGAACUAGGCCAAAGACUUUUUCUAUUAAAUAUUUAUUUAAUAUUGUUAAUCUUAUUAGAACCCUUCUAUUUUUGUACAGAGCCACUGUAUAAAUUAACAGGUUAAUUAUGAUCAUGGAGUUGCAGAAGUGCCUCUUCUGUGUUUAGCACAGCUCUUGCUGAGACCUCUCAUCUCUGUGCCAGCACCUCCUGCUGUGACUGAUUCUGCCUCUUGGAUUCCUUGCCCUUUCCCAGUGCUUCUCAGGACUUAUUGAGGCCCGCUGUAUCCUCUUGGAGAAUCUCCUUUUUGUCUUGCUCAGCCAGAGAUAGUUGCUUCUCUUUAGCCCCUGCUAGAGAAACGUCUCAGGUGUGGUAACAGACUAGCCUUUCUGCCUUUGCUAAGUGCUGGCUGAAGACCCAGACAGUGAUACCUGGAGGAAACUGGAGCCCAGUUCAGUUAUUUCCAUCUCAGAUCCCCUCACCAUUUGAAAUAGGCUUUUUAGGUAAAAAACGAACCCCAAAGCAAACCCCAAGUCCUGGCAAAAUUUGUAUCUCUGUAGCCAUGCAAAGCUGGCAUUUGGGCAUUAAUUCUGAGCAGAGCUUCCAGAGACCACCUGAUGGGCAGGGGCAUGAGCUGUGUACAAGCAAGAAGGGCUUUGAGUUGCAGCUGACUGUGGUGAAAUAGAGUCUGUACUCACAUUCAGUCCCUGCUCUUGAUAAUGGCCUGGAGUGCAUGAAAGAAACUGCUUUACACUGCAUCCUUUGAGCUUCCAGCCCAGUGCUGCUGCUGGAAAAACCACAAGGUUCUUCAUGUUAUCUUCUAAGUCAUCAUUUGCAGGUCCAUGCUGAAAAGCAUCUGAAAGGCUCAGGGAUGUUACAGUGCCAUGGUGUUGGGUGAUCAUGGUGCAGCUUUCUGCUUCAGGUGUCCUGGCUGCAUCCUGCCAUCCUGAUGGUGCAGGAGCAGCAGAUGUUCAUGGUAAGUAACACUUCCUCAGGCUAUCUCUGACCCAGUCUGAGGGUGUUGCACAUGCUGCUUAUCACAAGAGAUUUACCAUGCUGCUAAGCUAGCAAAUCAUCUCUCUCCCAUCAUUAAAUUAACUCUUGUGUAUGAGAUCAGAGCAACCCCUACCCAUCAGAACACCCUGGAGUCACUAAGCUGCCCAGAUCUGUGACAUACAAACAGCUUUUAUUUUUGACCAAACAGCUGCUUCUGCUGCUGGAAAGCAGUUCCUAAAAGGCAGGUUGCAUCAGUCUUUGUUGUUGUAUUUACUGCAAGGCUGCUGCCUCUCCAGAAAGCACUGCAGGGAUCUUGGCUGGAAUUUGCAUCCCUGAGCAGCCUUGCUCAGUUCUCUGUUUCACUGGCACUUUCUUAGUCUUUUCCUGCUCCCCAUUGCCAGCUUUGACAUUUCCAGGACUUAAAUCUUCCCUAGGGAAUUGUAUUUUCUCUUUUUUCAUGCAGUUUGUAUCUACCUAAACUGUCCAGACUCAGCAGCACUUUUUUCAUCUAGUCACUAGCUGCAAAGCCCAUAGAUGAGGAUGAUCCUUCUGUACAGACCUCCUCAAGAGCUGGUGCUGAGCAAGAUAAAGGGGGAACUCAUCAGGAAAAUGAAUGCUUAGACUGUGAAGGGAGCAC